AUGGACGCCAUGCCACCCCCAAGAUCGAGUCGCCUCUGGAAAAGUAAGGCAGACUUCUUUCGGCCAUUCAGGACCGCCGCGACAGUAGAAGCUGGUGAGAACAUAGCACCGCUCUACGACCCGUCAAUUCAUCAUCAAGCGGACGAUGAGCCCGAUCUCAAGGAUCUGAACGCCGCGCUGUCAGCUCUGGUCGACAUCUUCCCUGGUGUGGAGCCCGAAGUCUUUCGUGAAAUGCUGCUGAACGUGGGCGAGACAAGCAGAGUCGCGAUCGUCACCGAGCAGCUACUUAAAAAGGAUUUCAAAUGGGCUCGAGGUCGGUUUCGAGCUUCUCGAAAGGAUGGUAUCGAGGCAGAUCGUCACAAGCGCCGAAGUCUUCCAGGACACGACACGGGGCUGGUCGACGAAGAGAUGUUCCGGCACGAAACCUACAAGAAAGCUGUCAAGCAGGUCCUGUAUCAAGAGUUUCGAGCUCUGUAUCAUUCUGCUAUCAAGGCCGUGAUGGCGGAGCAGAACUAUUCGUAUACCCUGUGUAGGCCGAUACUACAGCAGCUAACUGCACGUACGUGGCGCUUCUCAAUAUCGAAUCUACUACCUAGACGUACUGCAACGCAAGGCGUUGAGCAGCAUCCGUACAUUAUUACUAAUACGAAUGGCUCCCAAACCGAUGUUGCCCCGGCCGUCAAACGUACAGGAAGCUCGCAGCUGGACCAUGAGCUGCACCUACUUUUCGUCGAACCUGUUCUGGCACAGCAGAAGAGGUCCCGUCAGGCAGCUGAUCGUUCUUACGCGGAAGAGCUGAACGAGGCCGAAGCACAGGAGAAUGAAUCCAUGUUCGACUGCGAGUGUUGUUAUGACAAUGUGCCUUUUGAGCAGAUCGCGGCAUGCGAUGGUGCUUGCCAUCAGCUAUGCUUCGAGUGCGUUCGGCGUUCGACGCAAGAAGCAGUCUAUGGCCAGGGCUGGUCCCAGACUAUGGACAUCAGAAAAGGCAGUGUCCGCUGCUUUGCGUCCGCCACAGAGGAUUGUACAGGUUCGUUACCAGCAGGUAUAGUACGUCGGGCCUUGUACGAUCACACUACAGGCGCAGAAGACACAUGGGAUGCUCUACAGGGUCGAAUGGCUAGCGAGGCACUGCUCAAGAGCCACCUUCCACUUCAGCGCUGUCCUUUCUGCGAAUACGCCGAGGUGGACGAAACUCCACCCCUGAAGCUACGACAUCCUAUGCAAGUAUGGAACCAUAUCGCCACCCGGUCAUCGGUAACCCUGCAGAUCAUGAUGCUAUCACUAACGGCAGCACUACUACUGUUCACUGUUCCGUUGCUGCUUUUCAUCAGCAUGAUGUACCUCGCGGCACUGCUCGUACCACCUCUUGGUGCAAUCGUUGACAGAUCAUGGUCACGAAUCUACAAGCAACGCCGUGGCCACAAGUUCAAAUGCCAGAACUCCAGCUGCCGACGCACAUCCUGCAUGCGCUGCACAGCACGCUGGCGAGAUCCGCACGUCUGCUUUGAGAACGAGAAGACCUCGCUACGCACCGCGAUCGAGUCCUCAGCAACGGCAGCCGUGAAACGUACGUGUCCGAGGUGCUUGCUCAGCUUCGUGAAAUCCAGUGGCUGUAACAAGCUCGUCUGCAAUUGUGGCUACACAAUGUGCUACAUUUGUCGCCAGGAGAUCACGACGAAGGAAGGAUAUGGGCACUUCUGCCAGCACUUCCGGCCCAGUGGUGGGAGAUGCAUUGAGUGUGAGAAGUGCGAUUUGUAUGGUGACGAAGACGAGGAGGCUGCUAUUCGCAAGGCUGCUGCGGUUGCUGAGCAGGCUUGGCGGGAGACGGAGGGUGGGAAGGCUGAUGAGAAUGAUCAGGCAACCCAGCGCAUGGUGGACGUUCUUGUCGGCCAGUCGCGGCGACUGGUGUGGUAUGAGGGACUUCUCGAUGUUCUGGUUGAAGCCUCAGCGCUUUGA